AAAAGCGCAUCUUGUGGAAAAAAUGAUUGUAAACAUUAAUAUGCCGCCUCCUCAAUCAUGUGACACCUUUGUUGUGCUCCCGCCUCAUACAAGUGAUAAUCAAGUGAUAUUUGGCAAAAACUCUGACCGACCUCGUCAUGAGGUGCAGGAAGUCGUGCACUUUGCAGGAGGAAUCAGACAGGGACCUUUAAAGUGCACAUACAUUAAGAUUGAGGAGAGUUGCAAGCCACUGAAUGCUGUCAUACUGAGCAAGCCAGGCUGGAUGUGGGGAGCGGAGAUGGGAGCCAACGACAAGAGCGUGGUCAUCGGCAAUGAAGCGGUGUGGACUAAAAAUGACAAGGGCCUUGGAAAUGCACAGGAAAAACGCUUGCUGGGAAUGGAUCUUGUUCGCUUGGGCUUAGAACGAGGUAAUACCGCAGAAGAGGCAAUAGAUGUUAUAACAGCUCUCCUUGAAAAGUAUGGACAAGGUGGUCCCUGCAGUGAACAUGAUGACAAUCUCUUUUACCAUAACUCGUUCCUUAUUGCGGACCCCACUGGAGCAUGGGUGCUUGAGACGAGCGGCAAUCUGUGGGCUGCAGAGAAAGUGUUGACUUACAGGAACAUCUCUAAUGGGCUAACCAUUACUACAAAGAUUGACAAAAUGUCUGAUGGAUUAAAAGAGAAAGCGAUGGAGCUAGGACUUUGGGAUGGACAGGGUGAAUUUAACUUCAUGAAAACUUUUUCAUCUGGCGGGGAUCUCCAACGCCAACUCGACGGGGAAGCACUUCUCAGAAAUGGUUGUAAGGAUUCUCAAUUCACCAUAAAUGACAUGUUUUAUGUCUUGCGGCACAAGAAAAGCCGAAUAUGCAGAGGAUGCGAUGAUGGUUUUCCCACCCAAGGAAGUCAGGUAUCUAUUUUAACGGAGAACGGAAGGAGUGUCCAUUGGUUCACGGCUACACCAGACCCUAGUGUUUCUCUUUUCAAACCUUUUGUCUUUACUCCGAAUUGCGAAACUUCGUGCUACACAGAGAGUCUCCAGGAACCUAAACAUGAGAGUCGUCUAUACAAGCUACAUGCAGAUCAUAUAAUUCGAGGCACCAAAAGCCAAGAACUGAUCAGACAGUUACAAAUACUGGAAGCUGAGAGUAUCCAGAGAGUGGAAUCGACCCUGCGUCACUAUGAUGCUGGAGAAAAUUUAAACAUAGACAAUCUGAUGGAAGACUACGUUAUGAAGGAAGUUAAACUUUACAUCGUUGACACCGAAAAUGAGUAGAUUGUAAGAAUAAAUACGUGUUAAGAGUUAAAAACUAUUUAAAGGGCCAUUACGAAAAAAUUAACCAAAGAUUUUAGAAAUGUUUCAAAGUA